GGGGCCCCAUGAUCCCCUAUUGCCUGGGGGCCCCCAUGAGUUGUCAGUCCGCCCCUGCCUGUGUCUGUUCUGUAGUGCUAUAUACAGAAUCUCGAACACUGACCAACCAAGCUGCUUACAUAUUUUCUAGCCAUUGCUCAAUAUCAAUGCCACCUGUCAGUGUCCAUCAGUGACAGCUCUCAGUGCUCAUCCAUGCCACCUGCCAGUGCCACAUCACAAUCACACAUUUCAAUGCCACAUCAAUGCUACAUAUCAGUGCCCAUCUGAGCUGCCUUUCAGUGUCACCCAUCAGUGCCAGUCAGUGCAACCUAUCAGUGCUGCUAAUCAGUGCCACCUAUCAAUGCCAGCCAGUGCCGCCUAUCAGUGUGCAUCAGUGCCGCAUAUCAGUGGCCAUCAGUGCUGCCUAUCAGUGCCGCCUAACAGUGCCAGUCAGUGCAGCCUAUCAGUGCCAUAUAUGAGUGCUGCCUUUCAGUGCCCAUCAGUGAUGCCUGUCAAUGCCCAUCAGUGCCACCUACCAGUGCCUCCUCAUCAGUGCCCAUCAGUGCCACCUAUCAGUGUCCAUCAGUGCAGCCUAUCAGUGUCCAGCAGUGCAGCCUCAUUAGCGCACAUCAGUGAAGGAGAAAAAUCACUUAUUUACAAAAUUUUUUAACAAAAACUAAGAAAAAAUGUUUUUUUUUUCAAAAUUUUGGUU